CUUUCCACUCAGAUGAAGGAGGAGCUAGAAACGAUGGACUUCGUGGGGAACCCAAGCCAAUACAAAUGGGAUCACCUCGUUCUACCGGCGCUGCAGAGGUUCCAUGAAGUGCACAAGCACGCAGAUGUCCCGCGAGAAUUUGUCGUCCCAACCGAUGACGAAACCUGGCCAAGAAUUGCU